GAAAAAUCAAGAGUCUUUUUGGUGUUUAGUUCUCCAUUUUUGUCAAUCUGUUUUCUCGAGAAAUAUAGUGGGAGGAAACCAAAAGCUAGAGUCUUGGAGUGAGAAGAAGAAGAAUCUCAGUGAGAGAGAGAACAGGGUUUGAUCCAUUGUCAAUCUUUGAAUCAAAAUGAGUGCAGCGGCUACCAUGCCCAUGCCCCGAGAAGCAUCUAACUACGAUGAGAUCUCUAUGCGACAGAGCAUGCUCUUUUCUGAUAGUCUUAAGGAUCUGAAAAAUCUGAGAACACAAUUGUAUUCAGCAGCUGAGUAUUUCGAACUAUCCUACACAAACGAUGAACAAAAACAGAUAGUCGUGGAGACACUGAAAGAUUACGCGUUAAAAGCUCUGGUGAAUACAGUUGACCAUUUGGGAUCUGUUACAUACAAAGUCAAUGACUUUGUCGAUGAAAAAGUUGAUGAAGUAGCCGGAACCGAACUACGAGUGUCUUGUAUUGAACAGAGGCUACGGAUGUGCCAAGAGUAUAUGGAUCAUGAAGGUCGUUCACAGCAAUCACUCGUGAUCGACACUCCAAAGUUCCACAAGCGAUACAUCUUGCCUUCGGGCGAAAUCAAGAGGGGUGGCAACCUCGCAAAGCUAAAGAAUGUUGAAAGUAGUUUUGAUGGAGAAGAGGACUGGAACCAAUUCAGAAAUGCUGUUCGUUCUACAAUUCGUGAAACGCCUCCACCACCCGUUAGAAAACCGGUACUUCAGUCUCCCUCUCAACGGAAACCUCAACGUUCAGCAACCUUUUCGUUCUCCUCUAUCGCCACGGCACCAAAGAAAGAACAAGAUAAGCGAGCAGUAUCACCACAUCGGUUUCCGCUUCUAAGAUCUGGUUCAGUUGCUAUCCGACCAUCAUCAAUCAGCCGGCCAACAACCCCGAGCAAGAGUAGAGCAGUAACUCCUACUCCUAAACGGUAUCCGUCAGAACCAAGAAGAUCAGCUUCGGUUCGGGUUGCAUUCGAGAAAGAAGCACAGAAAGAACCAGAACAUCAACAACAACCGAGCAAGAGCAAACGGCUGCUUAAGGCGUUGCUUAGCCGACGCAAAACCAAGAAGGACGAUACGCUCUACACUUACUUGGACGAAUAUUGAACCGAAAACCUGGUUUUGUAUGUCUACUGGUAAACCGGAAAUUACAUUCCCACUUUUAUUGCAUUUUUUUUUGCGUUACAUUUUUGUGUAUACCGUACGAUUGUGCAAAUUGUGAAUGCAAAUUUUUUUACAAGCGUAUUGAAAAAUGUACAAGAGAACCAGCGAUUUAAUCAACUUCACUGCAAGUU